GGUCACCUGCGCAUCUCCCGGCGAGGUGCCCACUCCGGGCCUCUCUCGUGGUUCCCGGUCGCCUCUGCACUGCCAACCUCAGCGCCUCCUUUCCCCCACCCCAGAGCCCCACGAUGCUGGCCAACGCCACGCUGAAGCCGCUCUGCCCCAUCCUGGAGCAGAUGAGUCGCCUCCAGAGCCACAGCAACUCCAGCAUCCGCUACAUGGACCACGUGUCGGUGCUGCUGCACGGGCUGGCCUCGCUGCUGGGCCUGGUGGAGAACGGAAUCAUCCUCUUCGUGGUGGGUUGCCGCAUGCGCCAGACGGUGGUCACCACCUGGGUGCUGCACCUGGCGCUGUCCGACCUGCUGGCCACCGCCUCCCUGCCCUUCUUCACCUACUUCCUGGCUGUGGGCCACUCGUGGGAGCUGGGCACCACCUUCUGCAAGCUGCACUCGUCCGUCUUUUUCCUCAACAUGUUCGCCAGCGGCUUCCUGCUCAGCGCCAUCAGCCUGGACCGCUGCCUGCAGGUGCUGCGGCCGGUGUGGGCGCAGAAUCACCGCACAGUGGCCGCGGCCCACAGAGUGUGCCUGCUGCUGUGGGCCCUGGCGGUGCUCAACACCGUGCCCUAUUUCGUGUUCCGGGACACCAUCCCGCGGCUGGACGGGCGCAUCAUGUGCUACUACAACGUGCUGCUCCUGAGCCCGGGGCCGGACCACGACGCCACGUGCCACUCGCGCCAGGCGGCCCUGGCCGUCAGCAAGUUCCUGCUGGCCUUCGCGGUGCCGCUGGCGAUCAUUGCCUCGAGCCACGCGGCCGUGAGCCUGCAGCUGCGCCACCGCGGCCGUCGGCGGCCCGGCCGCUUCGUGCGCCUGGUGGCGGCCGUCGUGGCGGCCUUCGCGCUCUGCUGGGGGCCCUACCACGUCUUCAGCCUGCUGGAGGCGCGCGCGCACGACGACGCGGCGCUGCGGCCGCUCGUGUGGCGCGGGCUGCCGUUCGUCAGCAGCCUGGCCUUCUUCAACAGCGUGGUCAACCCGCUGCUCUACGUGCUCACCUGCCCCGACGUGCUGCGCAAGCUGCGGCGCUCGCUGCGCACCGUGCUCGAGAGCGUGCUGCUGGACGACAGCGAGCUGGGGGGCCCGGGCGGCCGCCGCCGCCGCCGCGCCUCCUCCACGGCCACCGCCGCCUCCUCCUCCUCGCUCGCCGGUCGCCGCCCGCCCCCGCUCCGCCCCGCGCGCCUUCUCGGCUGGCUGCGGGGCGGCCGGGCGGUGUCCCCGCAGAGGGGCCGGGCCCGAUCCCAGGACGAAAGGGGCCCGCUGAAGCCGGCGCUGAGCACCGCCUCGGAUUAG